AUGUUUCACUUCAUGUAUCAAGUCAUUGGCUCCCACAGUAGUUCAAUUAAAGGCUGCGACUUUAAGGCACCUCAAAAGAGACAAUUGAAAAAUUGUUGCACACCAGAAAACGUGCAAUUGAGAUCGAUGGCAAAAGAAGAAAAUGUUUUGAAAAACGAAAAUUGCAGAAAAGUAAAACAAAAAGCUGAAAACCUCAGCACAUGGAGCACAUAA